AUGUGUGAAUACGCUGCCGAAUAUGGGCUCAAGGCAUAUAUCUCGGAGAUUCUUGACGACUUGGAUCCUGAGACAGCAAAGUUUGAGCGGUUUACGCCAACCAUGAAGUCGUUCUACACUGACUUGCUGCGGCGGUGUCUUCAGACAGAACGAACCUCGACUGAACAUGAGCGACCUUGGCUAAGCAUAUCCAAGACCGUCGCCUACCUCGUCGACAAGGGUGCUGAUCCCAACAAUCAGCUGAUAGGGAGAGAGCAUGUUGCAAAUACUACAUGGAGUGCGUUUCUGCGUGACUUCGAGGACCGCCUCCGUCAUGGCGACCAAGUCAUCUUUGAUAUCUGCUGUGCACUAAUCUCCGCUGGAGCUCCUCUUGAUGCACCUUUCGGUAACUCGGAAUUUCUAAGGGAAGCCAAGCGCUCGUUUUCCCAAGGCCAAAUUACAGAGCUGUUAAAUGCCGCCAGGAGGACCCGGAAGUAG